AUGUCCUUUCGCAAGCGAAAUAUUGGCCUGUCUGCAGGUGUCGACCGUGCAGCGGUUCCCAAUGCCUCUCAGCCAGCUCCACCCGAAACCAGUCCAGGCAUACGCCCCUCCCCAGACGAUGGACGGCCAACCACCUCUACAGGAGCGCCAUCGCUCGACAAUCUGCUUGCUGGCCAUGCAGGCCUUCCUAUGGGGAAAAUACUAUUGAUCGAGGAAAAUGGGACUACGGAUUUUGCUGGCGCAUUGCUCCGAUACUAUGCAGCAGAGGGAGUUGUUCAAGAGCAAAAGAUUCAUGUGGUCGGAGUUCCUGAGCAGUGGGGUCGAAGUCUGCCAGGCUUGAUCGGUACAGCGGAAUCAUUGGAAGAAAAGAGAUCAGAUAGACGCAAAGAUGAGAAGAUGAAGAUUGCGUGGCGAUACGAACGGCUAGGCGAGUUUGGUGCGGGUGUCGCAGGUUCGCGAGAUGCGCCAACCCCUACUUCAGCUGGUGAGAAGGAUGUCACUGCGAAGCCAGCCUUUUGCCAUGCCUUUGACCUCACAAAGCGUCUUACCCACCCCGCCAUCACCAACAUGUCCUUUAUCCCACUUGUGCCCUCGCGAGAUUCGCCAUUCACCUCAAUUUUGAAGCAGCUUCAGACCACGAUCAGCUCGAGUGCCUCGAAUACCAUCCACCGCAUUGUGAUUCCAUCCUUGCUUAAUCCCACCAUGUACCCGCCAAACGCCUGCCAACCCGAAUAUGUGUUGCAAUUCUUCCACUCAUUGAAGGCAUUGAUGAGCGCAUAUGCCACGCGAGUGACAGCCAUGAUCACCCUCCCUCUUUCAUUGUUCCCACGUUCGUCGGGUCUGGUCCGCUGGAUCGAGCUGCUGAGUGACGGCGUGAUCGAGCUUUGCCCAUUCCCUCAUUCGGCGGACGCGGUAGCUACCUCGGGCGCGGCGACAUCUGUGGAGGAGCCUCCACAAGGCAUGCUGAAAACGCAUAGACUUCCAGUAUUGCAUGAACGUGGUGGUGGGAGCGACCAGAAUGUGGGACAAGACUGGGCAUUUAUUCUUAGCCGUCGGCGGUUCGAGAUCAAGCCGUUCAGCUUGCCGCCCGCCGAAGGUGACACCGAAGCGCAAGAGGCAUCGGCAUCCAGCGGCAUGCCCAAGAAGUCAGACCUUGAGUUCUAA